AUGGGUCAGCGUGACAGCUACUCACUGUGCAUUCUGUACAUUCAAGUAAGCCUUCGAAAAGAUUUCUGCUUGUAUCAGUCAACCAAUUCUUCCAGUGAUAUCUGUGAUCAAAAGUUCGAUAAACAUGUCGAGCGAUGCAAAGUUCGCCCUCUACCGUCCGGCAUGAUAAGCACAACAGAAGCCAUUAUAGCCUUUAUUUGCUGGUUACCUGUCACUCUGAUUGUUACUUGGAUGACUAUGGGUCCAGCGGCUACUGCCAGCUUCGUUCCGGUAUGGGUCCUGAGCACCAUUUAUCCCUUCAUGAAACGCAUAAUGCCUUUCCCCCAAGUCGUCCUGGGAGCAAUAAUCGGAGGCGCGGUUUUCCCUGGCUGGGUGGGGGUUACAGGAGAUUUAAAUAAUAUGAGCCAGGCGCUUCCUUUGUUCUUUGCUACGGCAACAUGGGUUGUCUACUUUGAUGUCUUCUAUGCGAUGCAGGAUCGACCGGAUGAUAUGAAGAUUGGCCUCAAUUCACUUGCCAUCUUUUUGGGGAACAAUAUCCAAGUUCCCCUGGCGGUAUUAUGUGCUUCCCAGGUCAUCCUUUUUGCGAUCACCGCAGUACAGGCAGAGCUUUCUCUGAUAUUUUGGGUGCUGGGGCUUGGUGUGUGGAUGGUGAGCGUGCCAUGGCAUAUUAUGACGUUAGAUCUGAAGGAUCGGAACUCGGGAGGAGUAGUUUUUAAGAGGAACAUCAAGUUAGGAUUAUAUCUGACAGUAGUUUCUCUGGUGGAGCUAUUUGUGGUUCGGGUUUAUGAUGUCAACUGGGCACUGGUGAAACUCAAGUGA